UGUUGUUUUGGCAAGUCCAAGUGAAACAAGUGAAUACAUAUAUAAUUAUAGAGUCAAAAUCAUUUGAAUUCAAAGUUCAGAAUUAAUGACAAGUGAUAUAACUAGAUGUAGAAGAUGACCACAAGCUCAAAUCCAAUGAUUAUGGUCCGCAAUUAUACCGAACUAGCACAAUCAUUGUCAAACACUCAAGGUCAAUAAUCACAUGCCAAGUGGAUUUAAGGGAUCCACUUCACAAAUGAACUUGUUUCGGUGUUCAUUUAAUUAAUUAUCUUUUACCUCUAGUUCGAUACAAUUGACCAUUGACUCUUUGCCUUUUCUGUGUAAUUGCGAGUUUUAAUACAUUGAUUUCUGUUUCUUCUCAUGAUAUUAUGCUAUGAGUUCUUUCUUGUAAGCCUGUAUGAUUUGAAAUAAAGGGAAUAUAAUAAUAUAAAGUUAUUGAUGAUGAUGAUUUUGUUGAUACUAUAAGAAGUUCUGUUAAUUCUGUGUGUGUGUGUGUGUUUAAUUUUUUUUUUUUUUUUUUCCCAUAUUUUUGGUUCACAUUAUGCAUAUUCUAAUCUAAUUUCUUCCGCUGAAUUUAUUUGAUAAUUUGUUUCUUCCUUGAAACCAUUGCCCGAGCAGUCAAGCUUACUAACUGAGUCACCAACAGGAUCUUGUUUUCCAGAACCCUUCGUAUAGAAUGCCAUCAGAAAUUCCUGAUGCACCUGAAGAUGAAAAAGAACCAUUCGUUGAGGUCGAUCCAACGGGCAGGUUUGGACGCUACAGUGAUUUACUUGGUAGCGGUGCUGUGAAGAAGGUUUAUCGAGCAUUUGAUCAACACGAAGGCAUAGACGUGGCAUGGAACCAGGUUCGACUCAGGAAUUUCAGCAGCGAUCCGUCUGUUAUCAUGAGACUUCGCUCGGAGAUCGAGUUGCUAAAGACAUUGAAGCACGAUAAUAUCAUCGUCCUCUACCAUUUCUGGAAAGAUGUAGAGAAAAAUACUAUGAAUUUUAUCACUGAGGCAUGUGCAUCUAAUUUGAGGGAGUACAGGAAGAAGCAUCGCCAUGUUUCCAUCAAGGCAAUGAAGAAAUGGUCAAGACAAAUUCUCAAAGGCUUAGACUAUCUCCAUACUCAUGAACCCUGCGUCAUUCAUAGAGAUUUGAAUUGCAGUAAUAUUUUCAUCAACGGGAAUGUUGGAAAGGUCAAGAUUGGAGAUUUAGGGUUGGCAACAAUAGUUGGAAAGAGCCAUGCAGCACAUUCAUUAUUAGGAACACCCGAGUAUAUGGCACCAGAACUUUAUGAUGAGAAUUACACUGAAUUAGUAGACAUAUAUUCAUUUGGAAUGUGUUUACUGGAAAUGGACACAUUGGAAAUACCAUACAGUGAAUGUGACAGCCUUGGGAAGAUAUACAAGAAGGUUACAAGUGGAGUGAUGCCUCAAUCUAUGAAGAAAGUGAGUGAUCCAGAAUUGAAGUCAUUCAUUGAAAGAUGCAUUGGGCAGCCAAGAAUGAGACCCUCAGCGGCUCAACUUCUUCAGGACUCAUUUCUUUCUGAUGGGAUUGACUUAGAUGAGAAUGAUCUUUAACGGCUCAUGAUCAGUCGACCCUCAACUCAUUCUAAACUAGACUGACUGAACAGAGAGAAAUCUAAGUGGUGUUUGUGUUUUCUUCUUCUUUGUCUUCAUAAACGUACAAAAACUUAAAAACUUGUUAAUCGAAUUAAAUAAAUCAAUUUCUUUCCAAAAUCAUCCUGAUUACUAAUACAUGAACAAAUUUUAUGCAAAACUCGGGAAACAAUAAAUCUGCUUGUACAGAAGUGCAAUUGCUAGAAUUUCGCCAGAAGCAGAUGUGGUAGUAUUUGAUUGGUCUGCUCUUUUUUCCUUUGCCAUGUCCAACAAAAAUCUAUCAUGUGUAUUCUGGUGAAAUUCUGACAUAAUUUUUCUGUACAAGCAGUAGGAUUGCUAUGGAAAUUAGGAAGUAGAGAAUUUUAAAUUAUGAAAAGUUGGAUAAGGAAAGGUUAUCCAUCUUAAUCAUGUUGAAAAUUAUACAGUUCGACCCAACUAACCCCUAGAGGGGGGGGGGUGAAUAGGUUUUUAUGCUGAAUUUAAACAAGUUAAUUAAUAAUUGCAACAAGUCAUGGUUAUUAAUUAGUCCAGAUGAAUUUACAUGCAAUCUAUCCUAUAUUGAAUUAUAGCAUUAUAAUAAAUUGCUGAAAAAUAAAUAACAAGGGAUAUCUGUUGACGGAGAAAAUCCCUUGUAGAAUUAAAAACUCUGGGUCCAAGCCAGUAUAAAUCCACUAUAAACAAAUAAACUUACAGUACUGCCAAAUUCAACCAACACAAGUACUUUCUGACCUCCUGACUCUAAUUCCUCAAAGCUCUCCUAAAUUGUGUGCUCAUGCACUAACUCCUACCUUUCUGAUUUCGUCCAUCUCCAAACCAACAACCGGAACUUCGAUCACAUUCAUUGAUCUUCAACAUUUGAUAGAUACUCUAGAAGUAUGGAUUUUUGGUGUUUGAUUUAUGAGUUUUGAUGUUUUUAAUUGCAAUACUCAAGGAUGAAUGGAUUGAAGGAUAUAGAAAUAGUAUAUGUGGUUUCUCACAAUGCUCAAUCCAAGGUAUUAUCGUGAAGAGGCACAGGUAUUUAUAUAGUGGAUAUUUUGGGUAGUA